CGCCCGCCCGCAGGCCGGGAGAGUCCGGCGGUGGCGGCGGCAGCAGCGUGGGUCGCACCUUGUGGAGGACAGCGCGUCCGCACAGGCUCUCUGCCGGCCGUUUCUUCCCGACACCUUGGCCGCGGCCCCUCAGGUGCAGGCUCCAAUAAAAAGAAUUUUGGAGAGCUUGUGUCAGCAUUUGGAACUGCCUAAUGUGUCUGAGUAAAAAAAUCAGAUUGUUAUUGAUCAGGUACUUCCUAUGUAGUGCUAGAGAAAACACAUGGUCACUGACGUCAUAGUAAAGACCAUAGGCAUUUAUCGAGAAAGCCCACAGAAGAUGAAUAAUCUUUCAUUCAGUGAGUUAUGUUGCCUCUUCUGCUGUCCACCUUGCCCUGGGAAAAUUGCUUCAAAAUUAGCAUUUUUGCCACCUGAUCCAACAUAUACACUGAUGUGUGAUGAAAGUGGAAGCCGCUGGACUUUACACCUAUCAGAACGAGCAGACUGGCAGUACUCUUCUAGGGAAAAAGAUGCUAUUGAGUGUUUCAUGACUAGAACCAGUAAAGGCAACAGAAUUGCCUGCAUGUUUGUGCGCUGUUCACCCAAUGCCAAGUACACUUUACUCUUCUCACAUGGAAAUGCUGUUGAUCUUGGUCAGAUGAGCAGCUUUUACAUAGGACUGGGAUCUCGGAUUAAUUGUAAUAUAUUCUCAUAUGAUUAUUCUGGAUAUGGCGCAAGUUCUGGGAAACCAACGGAGAAGAACCUCUAUGCAGAUAUAGAAGCUGCUUGGCUUGCUCUUAGGACAAGAUAUGGCAUUCGCCCUGAAAAUGUGAUUAUAUAUGGCCAAAGUAUAGGGACAGUACCAUCUGUGGAUCUUGCUGCUCGGUAUGAGAGUGCUGCUGUUAUUCUUCAUUCUCCUUUGACCUCGGGAAUGCGAGUCGCUUUUCCUGAUACCAAGAAGACCUACUGUUUUGAUGCAUUCCCAAACAUUGACAAAAUCUCUAAGAUAACCUCCCCAGUAUUAAUAAUUCAUGGGACUGAAGAUGAAGUCAUUGACUUUUCACAUGGCCUCGCAUUGUUCGAGCGUUGCCAAAGACCUGUGGAGCCUCUGUGGGUUGAAGGGGCAGGUCACAAUGAUGUGGAACUUUAUGGACAGUACCUCGAAAGGUUGAAACAGUUUGUGUCACAGGAACUGGUAAAUUUGUAAAAUAUUCUGUAAAUUUGCAUACUGGGUUUUCUUUCCUUGCUGAACUGCACUCUUUGGUAAAUAACAUAAAACCUGAAGGUUUUGUUUGCAAAUCAUGUCAGUUGCCUUCAUAAUUGUACAGGUAAUGAUUUGUUAACAGACUUAAUGAAGGUUUUAAUUACCAGAACUAGAAACUGGAAAUAACAGUAUCAUGCAGUCAAGCUGUGUAAUUUAUAUUUUUUCUGUGAAUUUUUUUUUAAACAUCAAAAUGAGUACUGUAUGAAAUUUUAAUUCUAUAAAAUCAAAUGCUGUAAAAGUAUUGCCAAAUGCUUUUGCAUAUCAGAAACAGAUUUAUAAAUAUUUUUAAAACAUCUCAAUGUACUAAAUCUUAUCCAGGUAUACAAAUGUAAUAUUCUUUCAAUAAAAAGCUGUAUAUCUAAAACAAUUCAAGUACUCAUAAUAGAAUAAACUGUAUGAAAAUGUGCAAGUUCACUAGAGAUGACCUAAGCCCUGUUGUACAGGGAUAAAGGUUUAAACACUUAUUUUAUUGUAAAAUACAUUGAAUUUUCUGUAUUCUCUGGUUAUCAUACAUUUUCUCCUUAAAAAACAAAUGAUGUAAGUCUUAAUUUUUAUGCCAUCUAUUAAUUUACCAACUAGUUACCUUGUAAAUGAGAAGUCAUGAUAGCACUGAAUUUUAACUAGUUCUGAUUUAUAGGUUUGGUACUAUGAGGCAACUACUUAAAAUUCUCAUUUUUGUUUUUUAAAAGGCAUUUAGAGCUUCAAGAAUGAUUUUGUAUGCAAUGUUGUUUUAAAUUUUGACUAAUCUCAUAGAAUUGCUGUACUCUCCAUUAUAAGAAAACCUGAGAGUCCGUUCGUUAGAUGUUCUUCAAGACCACAAACAGGCUGGCUAUUUGGUCAUUUUUCACUUUGGCUAUUUUUAAUAGGACCUGUUGUUUUAGAUUACUAUCUGAGAAUUUCAUGGAUUCACUCCUGAUACAGGAGAUAAGAGAACAUUUAAUUCAUAACUUUUAUAUUAACCAAUGUAGUAAAAAACAAAGCUCACACACAAAAACUAAGUUGCCUUUCCUUGAAUGAAUCCUGCCUGAAUAAAACAAUGAAAGAAAAAUAAAAAUAAAAUUAAUGGUAUGUAGUCUAAUUUGUAAAUGAAUGAAUAUUGAAAUAAUACACACUGUGGAUAUAUUUUAAGGCCUUAUGUAGUUUUAAUUGUUCUGCUUGUUCUGUGGUUAUGUCUAAGACUAUAGUAUAUGAUUCUCUUCAAAGUAUAUCAAGUAUUGUGAAUGCUUUGGUUCAGAUGUGUCAAAUUAACAGUAAAACAACAAAUAUAAUACCA